AUGUGUCCACAGUUUAAAGAAGAUUCGACUAAGCUAACAAAAUUUCCAUAUCUAUCGAUUUAUAAACAAACUCCGAUAGUGGACUUGGACUCACCGAUCUUAAUUUUAGCAGCCAUAUGCUAUUAUACAGCGAACGGCAGUGAUGAGAAGACAACAAAAGUAUUGAGUUGUGCACAACCGUCACAACUCAAGGAAUCAAUGGCUCUAGGCAACAGAACAUGGGUUGUCCCAGAUAAGUCCGCAACUGGUCAGGACAUAAUUUGUUCACAUUUAGCAACAAGUGAUGGCAUACGCAUGUGUGCUUGUAUGUGCCAAACAAAUUUAUAUGGAAUAUCUGAUGAUCCUGACAUAAUAUGGACAAUACCCAAAUACAGAAAAUGCGGGGACCCCGGGGAUGCAAAGGACAUUAAAAUUUAUUGUUAUGAUCUAACUACUACGGAUAACAACAGAAUGUGCUCUUGUACUUGUCGUACUUUCCGGGAUGAGUCUUAUAGCGUCAGCGUGGAUGCUUUGAAAAUCCAAGAAGUUGUUGCUAAUGAAAUCAAGAAAUCAGUAAAGUUAAAUGCUGGAGCAAACUUUAUUGAAGAGCCAAUGAAAAAAUCAGGAUAUGAGUUGCUAGAGCAGGCCAAGAAAUCACAGGUGCCGGGAGAAGCGCAGUCUGAAGUAAAAGUUUUCACUGUUCAAAGGGUUCCUGAAAUAAUCCCAGAUGAGCCAAUAGCUGUAAGUAAACUUGUUGUUUCGUCUGAGGAGCCGAUGAUACUAAGGGAGCAACUGAUAUACAAAGUUGAGCCUAAAAAGCUCAACGAUGAAAUCAUCUCUAUAAAAUAUGAAAAAGAGCAGUUAGCAGAAAAAACACCUGACAAUUAUCAAACAGAAAACCGUGCAGUUAAAUCUAACGAGGUCGUAAAUGAAGUCUCCUCAGGAAUAGGAGUAGCAGGACCAUCGAAUAAACUUGACUUAAAGCAAGAUGAUCCAGACCUUAAAAGGUCAUCAACUUUACCAAACAACGAAAUACCAAACAUUGAUUCCGCUGAUUUGUUAGUUGAACGACGAGUCCGGACCAGCAAUGAAUUAGAAGCUGAACUGCAGCCAGUGUCGAAUGUCAAAGAACUUCAACCGGAUUCAUUGAAAAUUGAAAAAUCUGGAAGCCUCACAAAUGACGGUAAUGUACCUGUAACUCCAGUAGUUGUAAUAGUUGAAAGAAAAAAUCCUAAUAAUGAAGCGGUGGUUGUUUCCCAGAAUCAAGAAUUAGAGAAAAUGCCAAAAAUUGAAGUCAUAGAAAAUGUGCCAAAUGUUGAGAUUGAGACUUCAGAAAACCAGUACAUAAAUCAACCCAAAUCAUUGAUAGAAGUUCUGAGUAAUGAGCCAAGAAAUGAAGUUCGUUUGGAGAGUUCCACUGAACUAGCUAAACUAACUGGAACCUCAACUUCUAUAUCUGCGACCCCGUUGUAUGUAGUAAAUUCUGAAAAUGAUACUACAGAAAUUCAAAAUCGGUCAGAGCCUGCUACUAGUCUAACUAGUUCCGAAGAAAAUCAAGCACAAUUAUUAGUAGAUCCUAUUAAAAUUACUGCAAAUGGAUCUAAAUCUGAAAAUUCUAUAUCCGAAACCAUGGGCUCAAUCAUGGACCGCACGGAAGUUUUAUUGAUGUCUUCAGCUGGAUCCGAGCAACCCAGAUUGUUAGUGGAAUUGGACAAAAGUAACGAAACCGACCCAAUAUUUGAAAGUAAAACCAGUGAAGUAACAACACAUUAUACAGAACCUCUGGCUGUCCCUACUAGUAAGAAGGACCAAUUGGGACCCCCACUAGGACCUGAUCAAAAUGAUUUACAAGAAGCGAGGUCUGACAGCACGACAAUUGAAAAGUCAAAUCUGAUUGACGAUCAUACUGAAUAUCUUAAAGAAACCAUAAAUCAGAAAGAGCAACCAAAGCUAUCCAUAGAAACUAAUCGAACCAUUUUAAAGGACCUAUUGCCUGAAAACCAAGUUUCCCCUAUUUCGCAAGUAGUAGAAGUUCGAACGGAAACUUCAGUUGGGUUGAAAAUGGAAUUACAACAAGGUGGGAAGGGGCUUGAAGUUACCACAGUAGCCGAACCUACUUCAAGUUCGGCAGCAGAACCUGUGGCACCUAUAUUACCACCUGAAUUAACAUUACAACAAAUAAUUCUCAUGAAUAAGCCAACUCCUGUCGAAAUUACGGAGGGGGAACCACUCAAAGUUUCACUGAAUGAUAGUGUGCUUAAUCCGGAUGAGGAGAAUUUUGAGCCUACCUCUAGAAGUUUGUCUACGGUCCAGCUCCUUCAGUCCAAUAAUCAAAAUGAGGUUUUGCUUCAUACGAAAGAUACUCUUGGACACAAUAAAAAUAUCGAUCAAAACGUCGCUGAUAAAAGCAAUCAAAAUAGCAAUGCCGAUACCGAUGGUAACAGGAAUUAUAAUUUCGGAGUCAUUCUGGAAGUCUCUAUGUCAUCGACCCCAUUAGCAGAAGUUAGCAUCGAAAAUAUUGGUCCAACUGGAAACGAAAUUACAGAAUCGACAGAACGCAACAAUCGCAAUCAAACAGAUCGGAUAUUAUAUACAGAAGCCCUUAAUAACCCAAGAAGUGGUAUCAACUAUCAGAUAGAUCCUAUUGAGCCAACAUACCAAAGCAAUCAUGACAAUGUUGAACUGCAGAACGACGUUGUUGUCGUUUAUCCAAACAGCAAACUAGCAAAUUUGAAAGCAAAACCAACAAAAGUAGCUACUUCCACACUUAAUCCACAAACUUCUGCACGUGCUGCCAAAAAAGAUGAAAAGGUUUUUGUGGUCUAUUCACUGUCAGUAACGGAAGCGCCGCCGUCCUCCACUCCAAAGAAUCUGGAAAUGGACAAACCAGAAGAAUUACCUUCGGAAUUAGAAAAAGUUACCGGAGAGUCUAGUGGGCCGUUGUCGACAGCUUCACCUACGGUGAUACAUGUAGAACAGAAGCAGGUCACAAGUACAUCAAUUAUACCAGUACUGAAAAAAGCAGUAAUCAGUUCUUCAACCGUACCUACAUUGCUCGAGGAGACAGUCACCCCCAAAGUUGCAAAUACUUUAGAGAAACCAGCAUCGCUCCCCGGAUUACAAGUCACUGUUACUGAGCUUACUAAAAAGGAGCAUAUUUUACCUACAGGAAUAAUAAAUAUAUCUGCCUUUGAAGCGAAUGGGGAGGAGUCAAUUGAUCCAUUGGAACUGAACAAUCCUCCGCCAGAACCUCAUACUCAUUCGGCGGAAAGGCGAAUGGACACAGUUGAAAUUGAGGAUGAGAAUGAAGACGAACACGUUACUAUUGCAUACAGUGGAAAGGUAUACCAAACUAUCCUUAACCCAGCAUCAAUUGAAGUAGCAGAAUCGGUGCCUGCCAUGAUUCAAAAGGAUUCAUCAGUUACUCCAAAAUCUAGCGAAAUCCACAGCGCACCUGAAGUAGAAGUAUUACCAACGCUAGUCAAGGCAGUAACAGCUUCAUCAAUUAUUCCAAAGCAUAAGGAUAUCAUCAACUCAUCAGCGAUAGUCCCGGAACAGACCUCUUCCCUAAUCCUUGCAACCAGCACUACUCCCGUGCCAUCAACCUCAACACUCCACGCAGUGAACCCAAUGUCCCCUGAAGAAGUUAAACUAAAACGGCAAAAUCAGUUCAUGGAAUUCCUGAAAAAGCGCUCGAAGGAAUCAAGCAAGCACAGGCUGACCGCCACUUCUUUACGAAAAUCACCUCCUACGCGUGCCCCAUCUGUUGAUAUACGAAAAAUGUUGACGGAUGUUUCGCAGAAAAGAAUAGCUCUACUGAAAGGAAGACGGAAAAGUAUAACUCAAACUACUGAAAUAAACAAAGUGGAUGAAGAAGCAGAAACGGAGAAAAGUAAUAGCAACUUACCUCAAACUACUUCCAUGCCAAAGAGACCUACAGCCAUAAGAAGGAGUGACAGUGGCACAGGGAGAAGAAGACCACUGCCACGAUUAAGGACCACAAGACCACCCUUAGAAGAGUAA